AUGUCACAUGCUGAGGUGGGCGAGGAAUUGUUUCAAAAUGGUCCAGAGAAGGCUGCAGCCCCAUGGGCCUUGGCAGUCAAGAACACAAAGCCUCUCCCAGAGAAGUUGUAUUAUCAGAAGGCAUCUGCUCCUGAGCAGGCGCCACCCCGGCCAUACCAAGGUGUCCGAGUGAAGGAGCCAGUGAAAGAACUUCUGAGGAGGAAGCGUGGCCUCGCCAAUAGCGGGCUCACAGUGGCGGCAACCACGGUGGUGUUGCCCCAUCAACCCCUUGCAACCUAUGCCACAAUGGGGCCAUCCUGCCUGGACAUGGAGGUCCCUGCAUCCACAGUGACAGAAGAAGGGGCCCUGUGUACCGGCUGGCUGUCCCAGCCUGCUCCUGCCACCCUGCAGCCCUUGGCACCAUGGACACCCUACCCCGAGUAUAUGCCUCAUGAAGGUGUCAGCUGCCCUUACUCUACUGAUAUGUAUGUUCAGCCAGUGUGCCCCAGCUACACGGUGGUUGGACCCUCUUCAGUGCUGACUUAUGCCUCCCAGCCACUCAUCACCAACUUCACGACCAGAAAUGCCACGCCAACAGGUGGGCCUCAGUUGGAGGCUACAGAGCACCAAGCACCUCUAACUUACUUCUCAUGGCCUCAGCCCAUUUCAGCUCUGCCCACUUCUACCCUGCAGUACCAGCCCCCAACCCCUACACUGCCUGGGCCACAGUUCGUACCCCUCCCAAUCUCCAUCCCAGAGCCAAUCCCUCAGGACCUGGAAGAUACAAGGAGGGCAAUCAAUACUCUACCCAUAGAGAAACUGCUCCUAGAAGAAGAAGAAAGUGAUACUUAUGUGAUGAAUCACACUCUGUCUGUGGAAGGGUUUUAAUAUCUGGUGCUUGGUUUAUUCCUGCCUAAUCAUUCAACAUAGGUCUUGUGAAUACACAUGGGAUUCUGUAUAAUACAUUCUGUCUAGUGCUAAAGUCAUGGAAUCUUAGAGCUAAAAAGAAUUUUAAAGCCACUUUGUAGUAUCUUCCCUCCCUCCCCCACCCUCCUUCCUUUUCUUCCUCUCUCUCCUCUCCUCUUCUCUCUUCUCUCCUUUCAUUUCCCUCCCUU